AUAAACCCCACACCGGACAAUUUGGUCACUCACACCACCACCAACAUGUACAAGUUCGUCGUCUUCGCCGCCUGUGUGGCUGCCGCCAACGCUGGCUACGCCGCCCCUCUGGCCUACGCCGCCCCCGCCUACGCCACCCACGCAUACGCCGCCCCUGUCGCCAGGGUAGCUGCCCCCGUUGCCUACGCCGCCCCCGCCUACCACGCCCCCGUUGUUGCUAAGGCCUACGCCCCCGCUGCCUACGCCGCCCCCGCUGACGAGUACGACCCUCACCCAUCUUACAGCUACGCCUACGACAUCAAGGACGCUCUGACCGGAGACUCCAAGAGCCAGCACGAGAGCCGCGACGGAGACGUCGUCACCGGAUCCUACAGCCUGGUCGAGCCUGACGGUUCCGUCCGUACCGUCGACUACACCGCUGACCCUGUCAACGGAUUCAACGCCGUCGUCCACAAGGAUGCUCCCGCCGUCGCUGUCAAGGCCUACGCCCCCGCCCCCGUCGCCUACGCCGCUCCCGUCGCCAAGGUCGCCGCCCCUCUGGCUUACGCCGCCCACUACGCCCCAAAGGUCGUUGCCCCCGCCGCCCCUUACUACGGUUAAGUCAUCGUUACCUGAAUACCACCUUGCUCAGUCAUUUGUAAAUGUCUCAUUAUUUAUUAUGGUGUAUGUUUUAAAUACACUUAAAUAAAUUGUAAGUACCUUA